GUUGCCGUGCCACCAUCACCUUACUAUUAUCGCCAUUGCCAGCUAUCGAUUGCUGUUCUUCCUACUCUGCUCUGCUGUGAUACUAGCUAUUCUCCCCAAUGGCACGAUCCGCGGCCACAACGGCCACCAAGGAGGCCACUCCUCCGGCCAAUUCCUCGCCUGCGCCCCAGCAGGACAGCAAUGACUUUCUCUGGACCUAUACUGAAGAACCGCACCGGACGAGGCGUCUCGCCAUCAUCAAAGCCCAUCCAGAGGUCCUCAAGCUAUGCGGCCCCGAACCCAUGACGAAAUAUGUUGUUGCCGGCGUUGUUGGUCUUCAAGUUGUCCUCGCCUAUCUCCUACAGUCAACGCCCUUCUGGUCCUUGAAGUUCUGGGCCAUCGCCUACGUCUUUGGCGCCACCGCGAACCAGAACCUGUUUCUGGCCAUCCACGAGAUCUCUCACAAUCUUGCCUUCAAGAGCCCUCUGGCCAAUCGCUUGAUCGCUAUUGUUGCCAACCUGCCCAUUGGCAUUCCUUACAGUGCUUCUUUCAGGCCGUACCACCUCACUCACCACAAGUCCCUCGGCGUGGAUGGCCUCGACACUGACCUGCCCACCGCUCUCGAGGCCUUUGUGCUCAACUCCAUCCUCGGCAAGGCAUUUUUUUGCACCUUUCAAAUCUUCUUUUACGCCAUCCGCCCCAUGACGGUGUACCGCGUGGACUUGACCAAGAUUCACGCCCUCAACAUCCUUGUUCAAGCCGCGUUUGAUGUCGUCCUGGUCCGCUUCACUUCUUACAACGCCCUCCUCUACCUGCUGCUCUCUUCCUUCCUGGCUGGCAGCCUGCACCCCUUGGCUGGCCACUUCAUCGCCGAGCACUAUGUAUACGAGACCAUUACCCCCACCCAACGCAACCCCGACAACAAGGUCCCCCUUCCCGAGACCUUUUCAUACUAUGGUCCUCUCAACAUUCUUGCCUACAAUGUCGGCUAUCACAACGAGCACCACGACUUCCCCGCCAUCCCUUGGACAAGACUUCAUUCUCUGUAUGAAAUUGCCAAGGAGUUUUAUGAGCCCCUGCCUCACCACCAAAGCUGGAGCUAUGCCAUCUGGCGAUUCAUCUGGGACGAAAACGUUGGCAUGAGCUGCCGCGUCAAGCGAAAGGAGGGUGGUCGAUUGGUCGGUGGUGGCGCCAAGUGGAAGCAGUCCGAAGUUGAAGCCUAAAUGAUGUCAAAAUGAUAAAGGUGUUUCAUGUCCUGUUGUACAGUCGGCUUGGUGAGCUCAGUGCUCGGCUCGAGAAGGGUAGAAUUUUGUAAUAAGUGGGUUUUUGAGAUAUACAAAAGUGCUCAGUCUCUCUAUCCUUGGGCGUUCAAAGGGGUAUGGGCAAAGACAAAGGAUGAGCUAAGACGGAUUAACACCUCUAGAUAAGGGCUAUAGAUUCUAGACUGGCUAUGAGAAAUGAAGUUUAUUGUUGUUCAAC